CCUAAUCUGCGUAACAGUAACUAGUCGCAGUGACUGGCGCUCUCGAUCAAGUUUUGAUUAUCGCUUAUUCACGCUGUUUGCGUAUAUAAACAAAUUUUUCACACAAAGUGCUACAGUUUAUUAUAAAUACAAUUGUUUGAAGAAUGAGUUCCAUAGGCACAGGGUAUGAUUUGUCUGCCUCUCAAUUUUCACCGGACGGGCGUGUAUUUCAAGUAGAAUAUGCACAGAAAGCUGUCGAGAGCGGAGGCACGGUUAUAGGUUUACGGGGAAAAGAUGGUGUCAUAUUUGCAGUGGAAAAGAUAGUUACGUCAGAGCUCUAUGAGCCUGGCACAAAUAAAAGAAUAUUUAAUAUUGAUGAACAUGUAGGUAUGGCAGCAUCUGGUUUGAUCUCAGAUGCUAGACAAAUCGCAGAGACAGCCAGAUCCGAAGCAUCCGGAUAUAGGUCUAGGUAUGGAGUUGGUACUCCCUUAAAAUAUUUAAACGAAAGAGUAUCCAUGUACAUGCACGCUUAUACGUUGUACUCGGCGGUAAGACCAUACGGUUGUGCUGUAAUUCUUGGUGCCUAUGAAAACAAUGGGCCAGUGAUGUAUAUGAUCGAUCCGUCUGGUGUAUCGUAUAGUUAUUAUGGUUGUGCUAUAGGUAAGGCAAAACAGUCUGCAAAAACUGAAAUUGAAAAGUUGAAGCUAUUUGAAAUGAGCUGCCCGGAAUUAGUGAAGGAAGCAGCGCGCAUUAUCUAUCUCGUUCAUGACGAGUUAAAAGAUAAGAAAUUUGAGCUGGAAAUGAGCUGGGUGGGUAAGCAUACGAACGGGAGGCACGAACGCGUACCAAUGGAAAUACGAGCCAAUGCCGAGACGAAAGCGAAGCAGGCAAUGGCGGAAGAUUCGGAUAGCGACACCGAGGAUAUGUAAAUUGAUUUAACAAUCUCAAAAAGGUCUUUUUAUACUUUAAGUUGUAAUUUAAAUACAUUAAAACUCGUUGCUACGAAGUCUCCUCUGUCUAUGAAUGGU